CGGUUCCGCCCCAGUCUUCUCCGGAAACCACGUGUGUUUAAGCUCGAGUUUUUUUCUCUGAGCCGCUGCGACUGUUGGUGAGGUUUCCCGGGUCUGGGCUGCAGAGGUUCUCCGGGGCCGUGAGGACGUCACCAUGCCUAAAGCCCUAAAGGGAAAACUUGUAGGACGGGAAAAAAAGGUCAUCCAUCCAUAUAGUAGAAAAGCAGCUCAAAUUACAAGAGAAGCCCACAAACAAGAAAAAAAGGAAAAAUUGAAGAAUGAAAAGGCAUUGCGUCUCAACCUUAUUGGUGAAAAACUCCAGUGGUUUCAAAGUCAUCUUGAUCCCCAAAAAGCAGGAUAUUCAAAGAAAGAUGCUUGUGAAUUAAUUGAAAGGUAUUUAAAUCGAUUCAGCAGUGAACUAGAGCAGAUUGAAUUACAUAACAGCAUCAAAGACAGGCAGGGAAGGCGGCACUGUUCCCGGGAGACAGUCAUCAAGCAGACAAUGGAGCGUGAGCGGCAGCAGUAUGAAGGAUAUGGUCUUGAGAUUCCAGACAUUGUAAAUGCAGGUAACCUGAAAACUUUUAGAUUUAAGACCUUGCGUAGGACUCCUGGAAUUGCCACUGCCCUCUGUGAUGUUCUUCCCCAGAAGAAAUAAACAUGCCUCAGAAAUAUACAUUCCUCAUGUUUAUUUCAUUUGGCUAUCAGCUAAGGAGCCUGUUGGGGUCCUCCUUCUCACCAAAAGAAGCCGUGAGAAGUAAGGGGAUCUGUUGGUGGCAGACAACACCACCACUGGAUAGAGAAAUUUGCUGUGAAGAGCUUACGUGGCUCAUUUGGAAAGUGUUACGUUGAAAACAAAAUAAUUUUUUGAGUGUUCUAAAUCACUGCACUUAGGGCUCCUAUAAUAAUGGAACUGAAACACAGCAAGAUGACAGGGCUAGUAUGCAUUGCAAAUGAUGAGUAUGGAUAAUUUUUGCAAGUAUAAAGAAAGUUUCAUCUAGCCUCAUACUAGGGCAGAGAUUUUCAUUGCCUCCAAGCCUAUACAUUUCUGAAGAAAUGAAACAGCAAACCUACUCCCCAGAACUGGGCUCUGAUUAUAAGGAAACCUCCUGGAAACAUCAAAACCUUAUUUGAUGGGGCGCCAAAGUGGUUCAGUCUGUUAAGCAUCCGACUUUGGCUCAGGUCAUGAUCUCACAGUUCAUGGGUUCAAGUCCCAUAUCGGGCUCUGUGCUGACAGCUCAGAGCCUGGAGCCUGCUUCUGAUUCUGUCUCUGACUCUCUGCCCCUCCCUCAUUCAUGCUCUGUCUCUCUCUUUCUCAAAUAUAAAUAAACAUUAAAAAACAUAUUUUCUGAGGGCUUUUUUUUUAUCAUGUAAUUCCAAGUAAAACUGAGAAGUAAGAAGGAUGCCAAAGAGGGGUCCAAGAAUCCUGGAAUGAUGCCAAAAUGUUCAUACCCACUAAAACUCUUGCCAGUGAUCAAAAGAGAAUCUUGCAGAAGUUCAUCUAGAACUGGGCCUUUUAUAUACCUAAUUUUAUAACUCGUGAUUAUUGCUGUUGUUGUUUAAAGCAGAAGAGCAGUAGCUAUGUAAAAUUGUGAACAAGGGCUACUGAAGGAACGGAGACAUUAACAGCAGAUUCUGUGAGGAGGAAGAAUGAAAACAACAAAACGGAUAAAAGGUGAAGGGGAGCAGAUUUUGCCACCUUAAAAUAUGCUUCUUUGACAUAGUGAUUAUUUUAAACUGGUUAUUUUUAAAACAAAGCAGACAGAAAAGCUCUAAAAAUCCAGCAGAAGUUACCCUUUUGUAAGAAGCAUUUACAUUUAUAAGGAAAAUCUCCACUGGUAAGGAUAGAUCUCUUACUGUACUAGAAGAGCCAAUUUCUAGAACUCUUACCAAUGAAGAAGGCAACAACUUAAAGCUACUUAACAACCUUACCCUUGUUUACUAUGUUUUCCCUGGUAACCUCCCAUAACUGGUGUCCUCUUUAUCCCAAACAUCUCUUCUGUCUUUAGCUGACGAUGGUAUUUAAGGUGAUGGCUUUGGUCAUUUCAGUGUUACUUGGUUUUCCUGGGUCUCUCCCAUGUAGACAUAUUAUUAAACUUUUGUUUUUGUACCGUUAAUCAGUCUUUUUUUGUUAAAUUUUUGUUUAUUUUUGAGAGAGUGCAAGCAGGAGGAGAGGGCAGAGGGAGAGAGAGAGAGAGAGAGAGAGAGAGAGAGAGAGAGAGAGAGAGAAUCCAAAUAGGCUCCAUGCUAUCAGUGCAGAACCCCAUGUGGGGCUUGAACCCAUGAGAUCAAGACCUGAGUCAAAACCAAGAGUGGGAUGCUUAACCGCCUGAGCCACCCAGGUGCCCCUGGUAAUCAGUCUUAUAUUGAUUUAAUUAUCAGACCAGCCAAAGGACCUAAAAAGGAAGAAGGGAAAACUUUUCUUCCCCUACAAAGGGUGUUCAAAACACAGCACGCUGGCAAGUGCAGAAUAAAGAUGUAAAAAUUAAUAAAAGAAAUCUUGUUUAAAAUGAAGACAGGAGGGGUGCCUGGGUG